UCUUCUCUAUAUAAUAGGAGCCUUUUAUCAGCAAUAUUUGCUUAAAUUCGUAGAUAAAUAGGUCAUCAUCACUUAAUAUUUGUUCUAAGAUACGGAGCGUGGUGAAAACAAGAUGGCUCUCAUGAAACCUAUACGAACAACAAAGAAAUUAGAUGAAAAUGGAGGAGAAGAAGAAGCAUUACUGAUGAGUCCAACUUCUCGAAUGUUUCAUGAACCAAACUACAAUCUUUACGUCUUAGCAAUAUUGGGUUGGAAAGUACCAAUUAAUGUUGAUGCCAUGAAAGCUGAAAUACAAGGCAAGUUGCUUAAACAUCCACGGUUUUCGAGUUUGCAGGUUAUUGAUGAGAGUGAUGACAGCCGAAACAUGAAAGGGAUUCCCACGACAGUCAACCUAGAUGAUCAUAUUAUUGUCCCUGACCUAAAGCCAAACCCCAAUAAUAUGGAUACCGACAAGCUGGUAGAAGAUUAUAUAUCAAACCUGAGCACGGCCUCUAUUGACAUGGCGAAACCUCUUUGGGAUCUUCACAUUCUUAACGUGAAAACUUCUCAUGCCGAGGCUACUUGUAUUUUCCGUCUUCAUCAUUCUAUUGGGGAUGGAGUUUCCCUAGUUUCGCUUUUACUCUCUUGUUUUCGGAAAAGCUCGGAUCCUACUUCUUUGCCAACACUCCUGGUUUCUUCUUCUUCAUCUUCCAAGGGCAAAUCAAAAUUUUCAAACAACAGAAGAAGUAUUCGGUCUUUGACGUGGCAGUACCUCGUAAAGUUGUGGUCGUGCAUCAGUCUUUUAUUCAAUACAAUUGUUGAUGUUUCGAUGUUUGUAGCCACUGCUCUCUUCUUGAAAGACUCUCAGUCACCUUUCACAGUUCCACAAGGAUUAAAGACGUCUACUCGUAUGAGAUUUGUCUAUCGAACUGUUAGCUUGGACGACAUUAAAUUCAUAAAGAAUUUAACGAACUCUACUGUUAAUGACGUUAUACUGGGGAUAACACAAGCAGCUCUGUCUCGUUAUGUCCACCGAAAAUACGAAAUUGAAGGGAAGAGGAACUUUUCACCACAAAAAAUGAGAUGCAGAGCCAGUGUUGUAAUGAAUCUGAGACCUGUUUUAGGAGUCCAAGCUGUAGCUGAAAUGAUUGAGAAGAAUGCUGUAGUGAUACAAGGAAAUUGUUUUGGUAUUGUAAUAAUUCCCUUAUCUAUAUCCCAAUUAGAUAAUCCUCUCGACUAUGUUCGCAAAGCUAACACAACAAUGGAUCGAAAGAAGCAUUCUCUUGAGUCUCGAUGCACCUUUUAUCUCUCAGAACUCUUAAUCAAGUUAUUUGGAUUUAAGGGUGCGGCCGCUCUUGCUCCAAGAGCUCUAUCUCAUACAACACUAUUCUUUUCAAACGUAGUCGGUCCGCUAGAAGAAGUUUCUUUGUCAGGCCACCCAUUGGCAUUCAUUGCUCCAACAUGUUAUGGACAAUCCACUGGGAUAAUGGUUCAUGGGUGUAGUUAUGCCAAGAAGUUAACAUUUGCAGUAGCAGUUGAUGAAGGAAUAAUUCCAGAUCCGAAUCAACUUGGAGAUGAUUUUGUCGAGUCAUUCAGGCUUAUCAAAGAGGCUGCCCUCAAAAUUCAGAGCUAAAGUUGACUAGACAAUUAAUUAUUGAGAUUUGGUCCUUAUUUGAUGAUUCAUGCAUUUAUCAUAUGUACCACUUACAACUUGUUUGGAUGGUUGUUACAUGUCAUUUUAUAAUGCAUCAUAUUGUAUUGUAUUGUAUUGUUUGAUGA